CACUGAAGAACCCUAGUACUUCUCUCGCUCGCUCGCUCGAUCGAUCGACGCUAUUGCAUCGCCGGGAAUCAAAAGAUGGCGUCCAGUGGACAAACGGUGUUGCAGUUUUCAUCACCACCGACAAAUGUAUCGGCUAGGGUCCAUCCGCUGGUAAUCUUCAACAUCUGCGAUUUCUAUGUCCGGCGACCCGACCAAGCCGAGAAGGUCAUUGGCACUCUCCUCGGAUCUGUUUUACCCGAUGGUACCAUUGAUAUUCGCAACUCUUACGUCGUUCCACACAACGAGUCGUCAGAUCAGGUUGCACUGGAUAUAGAUUAUCAUCACAAUAUGUUGUUAUCCCACCAGAAAGUGAAUCCAAAGGAAAUCAUUGUUGGAUGGUUCUCAACUGGUUUUGAAGUCACUGGUGGUAGUGCUUUGAUACAUGAAUUUUAUGCUAGAGAAGUUUCAAAUCCGGUUCAUUUGAUUGUUGAUACUGGAUUCAAAAAUGGCGAGGCUGCAAUUAAGGGAUUUGUCUCUAUUAAUUUAUCCCUUGGAGAUCAGCAACUUGCUGCACAAUUUCAAGAAAUUCCUUUGGACCUACGCAUGGUUGAGGCUGAACAAAUUGGUUUUGAUGUUCUUAAGCCAACAACAGUGGACAAGAUUCCCAAUGAUCUGGAAGGAAUGGAAGCUUCAAUGGAACGGUUGCUUGCUCUAUUAGAUGAGGUUUACAAAUAUGUUGAUGAUGUUGUGGAAGGGCGGGUUGCUCCAGAUAAUGAAAUUGGCCAAUUUAUAUCAGAUACUGUAGCAUCAAUUCCGAAAUUAUCACCACAUACAUUUGAUAAGCUAGUUAAUGAUAAUCUGCAGGACCAACUACUGUUACUUUAUUUGUCAAGUAUUACAAGAACACAACUCAGUUUAGCAGAAAAGUUGAACACGGCUGCUCAGAUCCUGUGAUAGAUUUUACCAUUUGCUCGUCUGAAAAUCGUGUCGAUUUGGUUCUUCCCAUCAAUUAAAUAGGUUGAGUUAUACGAGAAGAGGGAAAAAGCUUUGGCUAACGCACAAUUCAUUUCAAGUUUUGAGCAAUUUUGUCUCCAAAAAAUUUAUGGUGUUUGCAUUGUUAUUUGAGCUAAAUGUGAUAGGAUCUAUAUUAUUUCUUGGAAAUGUUUAUGAUGUAGUAGUGAGAUUCACCUGUUUAAUGUUUCAGCCUUG